AUGAUGGAAGAGGAGGAGAAGGUGGAGGAUUUUUUCCCUAUUCCAAACCCAUCAGCCUGGUUCAUGAAGUUUGUCUCCUUGCAAGUAGAGAUUCUAUAUAACUCUUUGGUUCCUCUCACAUCCCCCAUCUUCUCUCUCUUAUACCUGGCGUCUGAGUCCUGCCGCCGCACGGAAAAGGCCAAAGAAAGGUUCGAGUCAAUCGUCCAUGGCUGCAGCCUUUUUCUGAGGAAGAUAGGAUUAGGUUUUCUGGGAGCUGUAUAUGUAUGCAUUGUUCUCACAAUGCUGAUGUUCUUGGCUGUCAUCUUGGGAGUUGGGUUGGUGAAUUUGUGGGUGGAAGAGCCUGUAUUUAUGAGAGAGAGCUUACACUUUGAUUACACUGAUAUUCAUCCUGAGGCUGUGUUCCCUUUAAGGAGUGAUGAUGGUGGUUUUGGAGGAUUCAUCAAGAGGAAGAAGAUGGGUGUGCCUGUGGGACACACCUUUUUUGUUCGUUUGGUUCUUUUGAUGCCUGAAUCUGAUUUCAACUUGGAGAUUGGAGUGUUCCAGGUCACAGCAGAACUCAUAUCAACUAAUGGAGUUGUGGUAGCAAAAUCUGGCCAGCCAAGCAUGUUGCAUUUUAGAAGCUUCCCAAUUCGACUCAUGCGUACCCUUCUCAUGAGCAUACCUGUAUUGCUAGGAAUUGCUGCUGAAACCCAGAAAAUAAGCAUACCAAUUGUAAAACAUAAAGAAGGAUGUCCUAGAACCGAAGCUAUCCGAAUAACUUUGAUUCCACGGGCUGGUACUUCUUCUCCUCCUCAGUUGUAUGAAGCUGAAGUUAUUUUAAAUUCCCAGCUCCCUUGGAGAAAAGAAUUCGUGCGCUGUUGGAAAUGGACUUUUUAUGUGUGGACAUCUCUGUAUGUAUACCUUUUUCUUCUUAUUGUUCUUGUUAGUUGCUUUAGACCACUGCUCUUCCUAGCAAUCACAGGGACUACAGCGACUACUAGGAGAUUUCGUGAGAAAGAUUUGACAGUAGUAACUGCAAAAGGAUCACGGGAGAGGGCUAAGAUUGAAAGAGAGGUAUCAGAGACAUUGAGAAGAUGGCAACAACAUAGAGGCAAGAGGAAGGCCAUGCUUCUGCAUGGGUUUUUGCCAGAAACUGUUGGGUUAUCUGCUUCGAGCAUUAGCGUAACUAGAGAAGACACGAGUACAUCUGUUGAAGAAGAUGCUGGAGAUUUGGAGUCGGUGAGUUGGGGAGGUUGA